AUGCACGACGACGCUGACGUAGGCGGCUCCGCAGAUGGACAGCCCGACGCAAAGGCCGGCACAUUAUCCCCGUUUGUUGGCCAAAUCAUGGUGCCUGGGGACGUAGCGGUGGAUCUGAAGCAGGUCACGUCGUCCGUGCUCAGAAUCGGUCCAGGACUCCGACAGGAGGGCGACAUGGUGGUGGGCAUGCGAGCAGGGCGGCUGAAGCCCGCGGCAUGCGAGCGGGGCGGGGCGGCUGAAGCCCGCACCUCCCCCCGAGCCACCCGCCUACCCACUCAUCUACCCUUCCAUGUCCUACAUAAUACCCGUCUCUCUUCUGUGUCCUUGCCCGGGGAGCAGGAGGGCGACAUGGUGGUGGGCAUGCGAGCGGGGCGGCUGAAGCCCGCAGGGAAGAGGAAGCUGUGGGUGGACUGCAGUGUGAAGCGCGUGAGUGGGGGGGUGGGGAUGGGGGGGGGCAGUCCAGUGAGUAAGUGGCAUGUGCCUGUGAUUGGGGCUGCUCGAAACAUCAGGGAGCAGGAAGCUGUGGGUGGACUGCAGUGUGAAGCGCGUGAGUGGCACGUGCGUGGGAAUGUGUGUCAGCAGAGUCACAUUCAUUCCGUCUUGAUCUUCCUCUUCCUUCCCCCUCCCCCCUCGCACGCCAUAAAUGCAAUAAAUGCCCCAUUCUGCCGCCCUUCCCCCUGCGUUUCCCUAUGCAAUGUCACACUAUCCAAUGUCUAUUCUCACCAUCAGUACACGCCUGCAGUGGAGGAGGCAGUUAUCGGCAUCGUGCUCGAUAAACACAUGGAGAACCUAGACGUGGACAUCAAGGGCCCGGGCCUCGCCAUCCUGCCAGCACUCGCGUUUGAAGGCGCCACCAGACGAAAUCGUCCAAACCUGCAGAUAGGGCAGGCAGUGUACACCCGAGUGGUCAAGACCCACAGGGAUGCCGACCCUGAGCUCUCAUGCGUCGAUGCAAGUGGCAAGGCAGCAGAGUUUGGGCCACUAGUGGGCGGCCACCUCUUUGACUGCUCCACUGCCCUCGCUCGCCUCCUCUUGGCAACACCAACAGCCCCUGUAUCGAAGGCACUUGACGCUGCUGGUUUGGCCUUUGAAAUUGCUGUGGGCCUCAAUGGAAGAGUGAAGGGGGACACAAUAAAGAACACCAUUCUUGUUGCAAAUGCAGCUCAAAAUUCCGAGUUCCUUUCUGCUGUUCAGCAGAGAGCGAUGGUGAAGGAAUUGGUCAGGCUUUCUCCGCAUGGAGCAGGACGUGGAGCGGUUCAUCCGGAAUCCCAGCCUCAAGUUCUCCGCAUGGAGCAGGACGUGGAGCGGUUUAUCCGGAACCCGAGCCUUCAGGUCAUGGAGUUCCAGCCAAUGGCGUCGUCUUACCAUCGCGCCGCCGCGCACCGCGUCGCGCAGCAUUACUCGCUACAGACGUCCGCCGCAGAUUCCGUCACGCCAAGCGGUGGCGAGUGCACUGUCGUCAUCGCGCGAAAGAUUGGCGAGCUUCGCCCGCCGCCCGUCCGCCUCGUCGAUCUCCCUCUCGGCCCGACCAGCGGCAGCGGUAGCGGCGGCGCUGCCGGCGCCGGCGCCGUGAACGGCGUCGGGGCGGGCGCGGAAGCUGCGCCUGGCCCUGGGGGGUUUAAGCUGGCAAUAAGGCGGAGGCCGAGCGGGGGAAGAGGAGGGGCUGCGGGGGAUGGAGAAGGGGGAAUGGGCGGAAGUUCCGCGGACGGGGCGGAUGGCGCGGGAGUGAUCCGAUCCGUGGAGGAGCGGAAGGAGAUGUAUAACCGGGCGCGAGCAAGAAUUUUCAACACUGCCCAAGUGGAUGCUGUGGACAGCGAAGAGAGCACGGGCAGCGCGGAAGGGGCAGGCGGAAAGGGCGAAGUGGGGGGGAAGCAGGAGGAGGGGAAGGCAGGGGGGAAGGCAGGUGCGGAGGCAGGCGGAAAGACAGGGGCGAAGGCAGGCGCGGAGGCAGGGGGGAAGGGAAGCGGGAAGGGAAAAGGCAGUGGCGGGGGAAGUGGCGGGGAGGAAAAGGUUGGCGCGGAUAAGCAAGGGCUAACCAAGAGCUCGUCAGGCGGGCGAAAAGCGAGGAACGUGGCGAUUCUGCGAGACAGGGAGAAGGAGAAGCAGGACCCGGACUACCAGCGCGGUUAUGACCGGUUCUCACAGAGGUUCGACCCUGGCUUUGGUGCCCAGGCGCCUAAUCCGUAUAACAUGCAGCCCAUAUACGCCCCUGUCGUUACCUAUGCCUCUGAGUUCCCCUCGCUCUCGCCCUCUGCGCCCGCGAAUGCUGCUGCUGCUGCUGGCAACCGAACUGGACGUGGAGGCCCGGGUGGGGCAGGACCUGCCAGGCCUGUAGGUCCGGCACCAGGUCCGGCUCCAAACGCGUCCGUCCACGGCCCGGGGCAAUCUCCAGGCUCGGUAGGCGCUGGUUCGGCAGGGUUGAUCCAGCCAGGAUUUCCAGGGGCGGGGUUUCCACCGGGCAGUUUCCCCCCGGGCAAUCUACCCCCAGGCAGUAUGCCCCCGGGUGGUUUACCCAUGCAUUUCCAGCAAAUUCCUACACUUGGCCCCCCUCAUCCGCUGAACGUGUGGAGAGCACAUGCUGCUGUGGGAAUGAUGGCCAUGCAUGGCCGGGGAGUCAUGCCAAUGCCCGGACCUGUUCCCGGAUCUGUUUCUGGGGCUCUUCCAGGAGCUGUUCCCGGAUCUGCCCCUGGUCCGGUUCCAUACGGACUGGUCCAACCUCCCAGUUCGAUGCCAGGUUCGGUAGGUUCUCCUGGAGGGGUAGGCAUGGGAAUGACUGGUUCGGCAGCAACAGCAGCGGGAACUGGAGCAGGAAGGGGGGUAGGCCCUGGCUUUCCACCAAACCUACAGAGGGAUGGCAUCAUGGGUCCAGGAGCAAUUUCCGUUCCCAGUGUUGGUGGUUCGAAGGACCGGCAGCAGCACGCGCUCGUCAUGUACCUCACCAUAUUCGACAUCUGUCCCGAGGCGAAGCCCCUAUUCUCCAUGGUGCGCGAGUCGACCGAGCCCUCGCCCGUCAACCCGCGCCUCGAGGCGCACGCCACGCUCGCAUUCACCAUGAUGUGCGAGGCCUUCAGCAACUGGGACGACCCAGAGCGAGUGGCCAAGCAAACACCCUUCUUCAGGGCGCUGGGUGGGAGACACCUCAAUUACGGCAUUGAUGGGGACGACUUCCCGAUUUUCCGCACUGGCUUUAUGAAGGCGCUACAGAGAGCUUUCGGGGAGGAGUGGUUCGGAGACUUGGAGGCAGCAUGGUGUGCCGCGUUUGACAUUCUAGUGGACAUGGCUUCGAGUGGCAUGGCUGAGAAGGGCGGACAGAAAGUCAUCCCGCCUGCUGCUCUCGAGAUGCUAGAGCGGAUGCAGCAGCAGUAG